UAUGUCGGCAUUUCUUUCCAAAAAAAUCAUGCGGCUCGGUUUACAAAUUAUCUCCAUAAAUUACAAGUGCUUUGAGUGACAGGAGUAUAAACCCUUAAAGCGUCAGUGCGUGACUAAACUUACAUGUAACUGUCGUUUUUAAAUCGAAAGUACGUUUUACAUCUCGGAAGUAUGUCUGCAAACAACAGUUCCCAAUGGAGUAACGAGACGAACCCCGAUCCGGUCAGUCUCCCGGCUUCUGUCUUGGUCUGUACUAUUGUGAGUAGUUCCUUGUCCAUAUUCGGAGCAGUGGUCAUCUUUGUGACUUAUUGUAUAGUUACCGUGGCCAAAAACCAGACGCGGCGGCUCCUUGUGUAUCUUACAAUAGCUGACCUACUGACGGCCGUGGGGAAUCUCAUGGGGGCCGUCAGGUACACCUUAAGAGAUGAAUCGGAAUACAUCAACAAACGUGAUCAAAUGGCUGUGAACUGCACCCAUACGGACCAGAUCUGUGUCAUACAGAGUUCCAUCACUACUUUCUCGUCGCUGGCCUCUUUCUUCUGGACCAAUAUCAUUAUGGUUCAUAUUCUCAUGACUUUAAUUUCACAAAGAGAAUGGUCAAGAUUUUUCAUUAAAGUUAUAUAUCAUCUUGUGUCGUGGGGAGUACCAUUGGUUAUAACUUUCCUGGCUGCCUCUAUGCAGGCUCUGGGUGAAGACUUCUCCAUCAGCAGCGGACCGUGGUGUUGGAUCAAGGGAUGUCUAAAACCCGGAGAGGUCAUCUUCUGGAUGACAUUUACCGGAAAAGGCUGGGAAAUCCUCACUUACUUUCUCACCAUGGCUUUCUACAUCCUUAUGAAGUUCUACAUGAUUAAAAGGAAAAUGCGAUUCAAAGACCGCAGUCUAAACCAUUUACGAGAAGAGGACGAGCUCUACAUCAUGAUAUUCUUUGUCAUUGUCAUUCUCCGAGUGGUAGGAACUGCCCGUUAUUUCAUGGCCGUCACGAAGGCGAUUGACCAUGACUUGCUUCACAGCUUUGGUCAGACAGACAUGGUUCUUCUACACAUCCAGAGUGUUGGUGAUAGUGCGCAGGCCUUUUGUAACUGCAUCUUGUUCUGUAUUAGGGACACUGACGUCAGGCGGGAAUUAUGGAAGCGAAUCCGCGCCUGUUGUCAGUCACGUGAUGAAAGAAAACCUUUGAUUACCGAGAUUAAUACAGAAGUUAAUUAAAAUAUGAUAAUCUUUUAUAAGAGCUUACAGAAUUCAACGUGGGAAAAGCACACUCUGGAGAUAAUAAGAUUAUGUUCUCCCAAAGGUUCAGGUUUCAUUGUUUUUUUUUUUUUAACAGACAAGGUAAAUUAGUCCUGUAAGACCAAUGCGAGUAAAGCAUAGUCGGAAAAUGAACUCUGACGCAACCUUUCAAUACCCAGUGGAAGUUUACGUAACAUCUUUUGUUUAUUGUUGAUUUCAAUUAUGAUGGGAACAUUUAUUUUCAAUGGUUUAACAUGAUGUCACACCAUAGAGGCGUAAUUAUUCAAGAUUACGAUACUUUAUGUGAUCUAGCAGCCACAGGUAGGAGGGAACUAAUUUACAUGUAUUCGCGGACUCCGGACCGUGGCUUGAGACUGUGAUUCCAAACCGUACAUUUAACAUUUACAUAAGUACUAAACACAACGAAGUACGCUUUAUUUUAAAUGUAGAUUGCAGCUUUUUUUUCAGAGUUUGUUCAAAUAAAAAGCUGAACAUAAAAUUGUA